GCCUUGCAGCUGGCCCCGCAGCUGACCAAGAACACCCAACAACCCUCCCUGACACAGCUGACCCGACGCCUCCGACCCAGCGCUUUCAUAACCCCACUCACCCACUACUGCCACCCCACUGCCACCACAGUCCCCAACCACGGACACCCCAACAAACCACUGCCCCGAGACCACCACAGCCACCAGCCCUGACUGGAAACCACAGGCAGAAACUCCCAGCAAUCAGAAAGCGAUGAAGGGAAAGCUGCCGCGAUACAAAGCCGCACACCCGGCAGCACCCCAAGCACAGCCACCGCCAGCACCAGCGCCGAGCCUCACCAGCCUCCUGCCCAGCACCACCCCACAGCACCCACAGACCCACCAUGGCUGCGCCCAACGCCCCACAGCCACACCUGCCGCACGCCGCCCCGGCACUCCUGCUCCUCCUCACGGCUCUCGCCACCACCCUCGCCUGCCAACAGCUCUGGACACACGACGACACCUUCCCCGGCGACGCACUCCGCCUCCUCCAGGACGUGGCUCCCAGCUACGCACAGCCCUGCCACCUCCAAGAGCCGCCCUUCUUCCCCGACACCCUGCUCCACAGCAACCUCCGCCCGCACCAAGCCGCCGCCACCGCCCUACGCAUCCUCCAGCACCUCUUCCGCACCCUCGGCACCAACAGCACCCGCCAGCACUGGCACAGCCAGGCUCGCAACGACCUCCUCAACAAACUCCAGCACCACAUCCACCAACUCGAGCAAUGCCUCCCUGACAACGCCACGCUCUUCAAAGGACCACGCAACCCGCUGCUCACCAUCAACAAGUACUUCAGGGACAUCCACCUCUUCCUCCACGCCCACAACCACAGCGCCUGCGCCUGGGACCACGUCCGCCUCGAAGCUCGCACCUCUUUACAGCACCUCCACAACCUCACCCGCACCAUGCGCCGCUAGCGCAAACACCCACCCCCACACACCGACCCACAUCCACGUGCCUCCCGCCACGCUCCCACACCGACGCCCCAA